AUGGAGAUGAACCAAUUAUUGUCGUCGCAAACCACCUGCACACACAGUAGACAACGUUGCCGCCUCUUCGUCUCAGCGUCGCACGAACAACAGUCUAAGCAGGCGCUCGGUGGUGCUAGCAACGGCGGAAAAAAGUGUCGAAUAGAUGGCGGCACAACGAUGGCUCCGUACCGGAUUAGGUGGAAAAUGCACACGCUGGUCUGGUUGGUGUUGCUGCAGCUGGUACUACCGUACGUGCAGGUCGGAUUAACGCUGGCCAAAACGCAAACAAGGCAAUCGUGCGAUAAAACACGACGUAUCUUCACGCAACCGUAUGGUGAAAUUAGCGAUGGCCCUGCUGGGUUUAAUUAUACACAGGAUUCUCACUGCGAAUGGUUGAUAAGGGCGCAAAAUGAUAGUCAAUUUAUAACGCUCAAAUUUCGUAGCAUGGGCACCGAGUGUUCGUACGAUUACAUCUUCAUCUACGAUGGUGACUCGUUCCGGUCACCAUUAUUGGGUAGCUUCAGUGGCAAUACGGAACCACAGCACGUGAUCGCUAGCUCCGGCAGUAUGCUGAUUUUGCUGUACAGCGACACCAACUAUGUGAUGGAUGGCUUUCGGGCGGAGUUUUCUGUUACGAACUGUCCGAACAACUGCACUGGUAAUGGUCGAUGCGUCGACCAUGUGUGCGUUUGUGAUCGGGGAUGGAUCGGACCAGAUUGUAGUUUAGAUGCGUGUCCCGAUCGCUGCGGAGCGACAGUUAGUCGGGGGACCUGUUCGAGUGAUCGCUGUGAAUGCUCAAAGGACUACAUAGGACAAGCGUGUGGUCUCCAUCGUUCCAAACCUGCUCCAAAGGAGUGGCACUGGAUUUCCAACUCAAAAAAUGGAUUACCGCCACGGGCGGCACAUACAGCUGUUUACUAUGAACCAUCUGAUGCGCUGUACGUCUUUGGAGGAUACAACCUAAACGAAGUGUUCGACAGUCUGUAUGUCUUCCGGUUCGACAGAAACCACUGGGAGGAUGAGUGGGGAAUUCGCGUCGAUCAAAACUAUACCGAACCGUCUUCCGAGGAAGAAAAGUAUCUCCGUAGGACACAGUUUCUGGAGGAGGAAUCGGAAAGAUUGUCUCGGGAACCAAAUUUCUUGAGCAAUGUCAUAUACACAUUAUCGGACAAUCGAACCGGUAUUGGGUAUGGCGAAGGACUUUCCAACGGAACACGUCCGGCCGGACGCUAUGGACAUGCGGCAUCUGCCGUCGAUGAUGGAUUCGUAAUCUUCGGAGGGAAGCUUGGAACAAACAGCGAGUUGACAAACGAUUUGUGGUUGUACAAUGUAUCGCAUAACGGUGGAACUUGGUUCGAGCGUGCGACGGAAUCGGAAAUACGACCACCGGCACUCACACGCCACACGCUAACGGUUGCCGGGGAAUAUCUGUACGUGUUUGGCGGUGCAAUUGAGGACGGCGAGUUCUCGUCGAAACUGUUCCGGAUAAAGCUCAUCCCGGACGCGCCGAAUGCAGACCGUUGGGAGGAAGUGGUACCGCGUGGCGGGAAGUCACUUGAUGUGCGUAUGGUUGCUCAUACUACUUCGUACCAGCGGUCAACCAACUCACUCAUCGUGUACGGUGGGUUACUAGCAAAUGUGGCCCGUUUUUCGCGCCUCUCCGAUCGCAUGUUUGCUUUUCAGCUUGACCACAAACACUGGGCAGAGUUGCAAUACCCUCGCACGGCGCUGCACGAUGGAUAUGCGCCUCGCGAACGAGCUUUUCACACGACGAACAUUAUCGGCAACUAUCUGAUCGUUUUCGGUGGUUACUCGCACAAGCACAACAAGGAGGAAAUUUGCUACGACAAUCAGAUGUAUCUGUAUCAUCUGGGAUGUCACAGCUGGAUUAAUCCGGAGGUGCUUGGACCGGGACCGAGCAGUAAAUAUCGGUAUCCAAAGAAACAAGGUGUAUUUGCACAUGCGGCUGCUGUGCGGAAAGGCAACACACUGCUCGUCGUUGGCGGUUACCAUGGGAAUGUGAAUGGCGAUCUGCUCGCCUACGCGCUACCUCUCAUGCUGGUGGUGCACGACGAUGUGACGUUUGCACCGGAAGCGGCAUGCCCACGGCAUACAUCGUUCAAUGAAUGUUUGGCUGACUUAGAGUGUGGGUGGUGUUCGGCCGAUAGUGUGUGCUAUGGACGCACGAUUGGAGCCAACUGUACGACUAAUCUGCAAACGACGCGCUGCAAAGGAAUAUGCUCUGUGUUGGGCGAUUGUCAUUCGUGUCUGGUGCACGGUACAUCAACGCUGGACGAAGAUGGAGAAGCUAGUCGCAAAGCGGGAAAACCCUUGCAGCACAUGCAAUCGAUUGCGCACAAACUCGGACUGGAUCGGUGCACCUGGUGUGUUCAGAAUGCUCGCUGCCACCACAAGGACGAUAAUUAUGGAGUUUGUGGAGAAGAUACACCUUCCCAGAAGCCUGGAUGGUGGGGUACGAAAGGCACGGAAGUUACGAAACCGAACGAAUGUACUUCGCAGGAUAAGCGUCCGGGGUUGACGUUUCUGAAGUAUCUUCAUCCAAUGAACAUAUCCAUGCCGGAUGCGGUAAUGAUCGUGAACGCCACCAUGGCAGACUUUACAUCGCCUCCAACAAACACACCGACGGAACAGCAACUUGGUGGGCAGGUCGUGGCCCGACUGCUUGGCUUUAUUCGAUUUCCACCCAUGACGGACCAAUCGAUGGCGUUGCUUCAGGCGUGUGUUAGUCAUGCCGAUGCAAUACUUCGCACCGUUCAGGUAUCAACGCAGCCAAACCGUAAAGGAGAUGCGUCGCCGUACAACACGUCGCUCAAUAGUCUAGUUAUGGAAACGAUGGUGUCUACAAACAUAUCCGCGAACGAAAGCGUCUGCGGGAUGGUAAAAUGGGCGGAUCGUGCGAACAUAUUGGUGGACUUCCAGGCUCAGAGAAAUAGUCGUGUGGGCGGAUAUUAUAGCGGUUCUGGACAUCAUCACCACCACCAUGGACACCAUCCAGAUUUGAGUAAAAUGAGUCUGAAACACGUCUACGAUGGAGUACUGCAAGCGUUUACAUUCGAAUUUCUAGAACCGUACUCGAACGGAACGGCUUGCGGAUCAUACGGUAACUGUCUCGAGUGUCUUUCGGACUCGUUCUGCGGCUGGUGUGAGUUAAGCAACGCUUGCUUAUCGCGUAAAGUGAGCGAAUCGGAAGCGUGUCGCCGUGGUGCGAACUGGCGCUAUCUAACCAUCCAACCGGCACACUGUUCGAACUGUUCGAACUUUGUCUCCUGUGAGCAAUGCAUCGGUCACUCCGGGAAUCAGUGCGAAUGGUGGACGGAAGAUGCAACCUGCGCGAGGCGAGGACGCUCGGAAGUGGCGGUACGAACGCUGGACCAAUGCCCAAUUCCUUGCUACCUGCGGACGGAUUGUUCCGCUUGUUUGAACGAUCGUGGUCGGUGCGUGUGGUGUGAAGCCACCAGUCAGUGCUUUUCCUUCUCGGUGUACACUAGCGAGUAUCAGUUCGGUAUGUGCCGCGAGUGGCUCGAUCAGACACUUCCGAUCACUGCACCACCGGUAAUAGAACAGGACGGCACGAGUGUGCCAAUGGUGCAGCAGUGUAAAUCAUGCGCGAGCUAUCAGAAUUGUUCGUUUUGUCUGAGGUCGCUUAGCUGCGGUUGGUGCUACGAUACGGACAAUCCGAUCAACGGUGUGUGCAUGCAGGGUGACUUUAAUCGAUCGACGCAGGGAUUGUGUGGCAAGGGAAGCCUUUUGCUGCUGGGAACGGCGAACGUGACGGAGGAACCGAUCCGAACGAGCUGGGCAUAUGCGCAAUGUCCCGAUGUGGAUGAGUGCGAGCUGCGGCUGCACGACUGUCAUGAACAAGCGGAGUGUAGCAAUACGCACGGUUCAUAUAGCUGCAAAUGCCGGAAAGGAUUCUUUGGCGAUGGGGUGCGCUACUGCCGGCAGACGUGUUACGAAACCUGCGUCCAUGGACAUUGUUCCGGUGCUCCCGAUUUCCGGUGUGUUUGCGAUCUUGGCUGGACCGGGGUGGAUUGCAGUGUGAACUGUGCGUGCAAUAAUCACUCCACGUGUCUGCAGGGCGUUGGACGGUGUGAUCAGUGUUUGAACUGGACGGAGGGCGAAUUUUGCGAGCGUUGCAGUCCGGGCAGCUUCGGCAACGCUACGACCGAAGCAGGCUGCCAGCGAUGUGAUUGCAAUGGUCACGGUAAUGUGGCGCUUGGAAUUUGCGAUGCGAAGACAGGUGAAUGUUACUGCCAGGACUACACCGAGGGGCUACGGUGCGAGGUGUGUAAUCGUAACUUUUACGGCGAUCCAAAAGAUGGCGGCCAGUGCUAUCACCAGUGUGCCUCUCGGGGUGUACUGACGCAGGUUGGCACGCAAGGACUCGGUUCGUUUCAGUCGUACCGGUCCAGUUGGAGUGGACAGGAGACACGCGAAUGUCUUUGGAUCGUAAGUCCACAGGGACGAGCAGGAGGAGGCGGGAGUGGUGGAGCUGUGGGUACCGUAUCUACCGAGCUUCGUAACGCGAUCAUACAAAUUGAGAUUGAGAAAGAUCAGAUGAAUGUGACGUGCGGCGAAAAUGCAGUGUACGUGUAUGACGGACUACCCGAUCUGACGGGUGUCGCCCAACAGAAGCAACUGAUCGCGGUGUUCUGCAAGGAGGAUCGCGGAUCUUGGAUAGCGGAAGCCCGCUCGGGACAUUUGACGGUCCAUUUCAAGAAGGGACCGUCCGCUGAGCAGGGAUUCAACGCGAUCUACUCGGUGUUAAGCUGUGCCGCAGCCAGUUGCCAACGUCCGCACCUUUGCUCGGACGAUGGACGUUGUGUUUGUCCGAAAGGUUUUACUGGGCCACGCUGCAUGAUGCGAAUAUGUCCGUCAGACUGUAAUGAGGAGCACAAACGGGGCACCUGUGACAAUGCGUACGGCCGGUGUAUAUGUGCCCCCGGGUACGGAGGGGACGAUUGUUCGAUUCCGGUUAACCCGUCCUGGGUGGUGUUUACGGAACUGUUUAACUCGUACCUGGUAUCGGAUAGUUUCGAGCAUCUGCGAAAAACGUUGCCACGGUUCGGUCAUUCGCUAGUGGCGGAUCGUCGCGGUUCGUUGUGGAUGUUUGGUGGCUACUCGCUCUCGCACGGACCUCUGAACGAUAUACGCCAAUUUGACACAAAGAACAACACCUGGAUGCAGGUGACCGUUGAUUCCAGCCCGGAGGAUCGUAUGCCGCAGGGUCGUUACUACCAUGCCGCGGAAAUCAUCGGCAGCCGACAGGCAAUCUACGUGUACGGUGGUCUUUCGCGCAACGGCACACUGGAUGAUCUGUGGCAGUUUGGUUUGCAGACGCAGCGGUGGAGUUUGGUGGUGCCACAAAACGAAACCCGUCCACCGGCCCUGGCCGGUCACACAUUGACGGCUGUGGGUCGCGAAGAGUUACUGCUGCUGAUCGGAGGUUACACCAUCGGCCGUGGUUUGCAAGGUUCCGUUUGGUUGUUUAAUCUCGUUACGGCUAGCUGGACGAUGGUAGCGACUCACGGAUCAUCUCCGGGUGGCAUUUAUGGCCACACGGCCGUCUACCAUGCAACGAGUUCGGCCGUCUACGUGUACGGUGGUGUGCGCAAGCUGCAGAAUUGCAGUGAAUCGGUUGUAUCCAAACAGCUAUACGCAUUUAGCAUUACUACGCGCCGUUGGACGGAGUUACCAUCGUUUAUCUACCACGGUGUAGAUUAUGUGCCAUCGGCACGAUAUCUCCAUUCGGCAGUCGCUACCGAACACUACAUGCUGGUGUUUGGUGGACGCGCAGUCGGAAACGGUACAGUUUCGCUGGCCGCUGAUGAGAUGAUGGUUGCGUACGUGUAUCGGUGCAAUCAGUGGAUCCGGUUGGCGAAGGAUGCGCAGAAGGUGGGUGGCCGCUACGGGUAUACGUACGCGCAAGCGAUGACCCAAGAUCCGGAGAGUGGUUCUAUCUACGUCGUAGCUGGAUGGGAUGGUAGUAAUCACUGUCGGGUAACGCGCAUCGAUAUGCCGGAGGACAUGUGCGAUCUGUGGAGCAGUUCGAAGUAUCAGUGCCGUCAAUAUUCUGGCUGUAGCUACUGUUCGGUUAAAGGCAUCCCGGGAGAAGCGCCUUCACAUUGUUACUCGGCUGGAGGAUCGUAUCACGCCUGCGAAGGGUACAAUGGCACGAUCUCGUUCAACAGUGGGACUUCUUGUGAUGGCGAGUGGAUUGGUCGGAGGGCUUGUGCGUCGUUCAAAACAUGUACGACGUGUUUGGCUAGCUACCCGUGGCAUGCGGAGACCGAGUCACCCUGCAAGUGGUGCCCGGAGUGUCACCCGAUGGUUAGCUGUAUCGAACGAUCGGCAGACUGUGGUGCCAACAAUGGAUGUACCGGCAAUCAUACUGCGCUGAUCACUCAGGACGAGUGCCCGGGGCUACCGGGGCGAGGUUGUACGGUGGACGAUUGUGCAAGCUGUUCCGCCCUGCCUGGUUGCAGUUGGGAGCAGGAGCAGGGCGGUCUGCGGUACCGGUGCCGGGAAAUGACUGCGGCGGAAGAGGCGGAAGCAAAAAAUGAUACACGGCUCGUAAUCUGUCCGUUGCCUUGCAGCGCGUUUAAGAAUUGCAAACAGUGUGUUAAACAUUCCAGCCGGCCGUCGGAGUGUCUCUGGUCGACGCAGUUGAAUGAGUGUAUUUCACCGACGUUCCAACCGUUGUACUGUUCCGGUGGCAUCUGUGGAUUGGUGGUGCGUCCGAACGAUCCACAGCACUGUCCGGAACCGUGUGCGAGCUUUACCCAGUGCUCGAACUGUCUUCGUCAUGCUUACUGUGGAUGGUGCUCCAAGAAUGGUACGGAUGGUGACGGCGUUUGUACGGAGGGUUCGGUUGAUGGGCCGGCCAACCAUCCGGCGGGAUCCACCUGUGCGGCAAUCUAUCAAACGCGCAGCAAAACACCUGCCAAUGCCACUGAACCGUUCGGCUGGAACUACUUCAAGUGCCCGCCGGAGAACGAGUGCGUUAAUGGGCACCAUAAUUGCAACGCCAAGUCUCAGCACUGUGUCGAUCACCUGCACGGAUACGAGUGCGUCUGUGCCCCGGGGUACAACUCGUCGAGUCUCGGUGGUGGAGGCAUGUGUAUGCCAGUGUGCAGCCAAGGUUGCGUACGUGGCGCUUGUACGGAGCCGGAUGUAUGCCGGUGUGAUUUUGGUUACGUUGGUGCGAACUGUAGCAUCCAGUGUCAGUGCAAUGGACACUCGAACUGUUCCGGUGCGGAUCAGCUGGAUCGUUGCGGCCAGUGCCAUAACAACACAAUGGGCCCGCAGUGUGACAAAUGUUUACCGUUUUAUGUCGGCGAUCCACGCAACAGUGGAUCGUGUGUACCGUGCGUGCAGUACUGUAACGGCCAGACGGAUCUUUGCAUUGCACGGGAUCAGGAAGCGACGAUGCGGAACAUGUCCCGGCAGGAGUUGAAACAGUUGGUGACGGAGGGCCCGACCGGGGACGCAAUCUGUCUCGGGUGUGGGAACUAUACCGACGGUGACCAGUGCGAGACUUGUGUGCCGGGGUACUUCCGCAAAUCGGCCACGCCGGGAAAGGCGUGUUCACCGUGUGAGUGCAACGGGCAUGGCGACAUGUGUGAUCCGAUGACGGGCGAGAAAUGUAACUGUGGCAAUAAUACCGAGAGUGACAACACAUGCUCGUCGAAGGGAAAGAACCACGCGUUCAACUGCUGGUCGUUGCAGUGUACCAAAUGUCGGGACUCCUACUCGGGUCAUCCGAACAAUGGACAUCAGUGCUACAAGCACAUCACGGUCGAGUCGCGCAUGUGCUUCGAUGCCAAAACGAUCGAUGAAUGUAAAAUCAAACCACAACCUCUAAAACCGGGCCAGACGGUGUUUUUCGUCAUUCAACCACGCUACAUGAACGUCGACAUCCGUUUUAUAGUGGACGUGACGCAGGGUGAGCUCGACUUCUACAUGAGUCCUACGGACGAGUCGUUCAUUGUGCAGAAUAACGUUACGACGGGUCACCAUGACAUUAUGCUAGACAAUAGGUAUCUUUGGUUUCACCGUCGUAUCACAAUAAGCUCAGUUUGGUCCGAAUCAGUACCGGUCGAGGACCUAUACCCACUCAACAUCCAACCGUCGGAUCCAUCCACCCAACCGCUAACUGGCGAGAAAAAUUCCCCCAUCUGCGGGGGUCUCCUCAACGACGAUUUCUACGUAAUCGAUCGCCAUGCGCACGAUCUAAUCACCUACCAAACGCUGCACAUGUGUAAAUCGCUGCUUAGAGUGUUUGGCCUAAAGAACAGGCUGGUCGUGACGCUGCCCCACACGGUACACGCACUGGGGCAGACCAAAUUUUACAUUGCGCUACGGGCACGGCCCGGUUCGACCGCCAGCUAUGGGCUCGUGUUUUUCCGCCAGGAUCAGCUCCACAUCCAUCUGUUUGUGUUUUUCUCCGUGUUUUUCUCGUGCUUUUUCCUGUUUCUCGCCAUCUGCGUGCUGGCGUGGAAAGCGAAACAGGCGGCGGAUAUGCGCCGGGCCCGUAGACGUCACGUGGUCGAGAUGCUGCACAUGGCCAAACGGCCCUUCGGUCGGGUGAAUCUUUCACUGGAGGGUCCAUCGGAGGGUACCAUCACACCGGCACCGCAUCGCAGGCGUGGCCGAUCUUCCAAACAUUCCACCGGCAGUGCCGGUAGUAAUGCCACCAAUGUGCUCGGUCACCAUCAUCACCACCAUCACCACCAUCACCAUCAGCAGCAGCAGCAGCAGCAAUAUCAUCAACAGGAUAUAGGUCCCAUCGCAUUAGAGCCAACGGCGGACAAUUAUGCGGCCGUCGGGACGGUCUUCGUGCGGCUGCCCGGUAAGCAAAAGUCACAGAUCACGCUAGCGCUUGCGUCUGCACUGAUCGUUAUGGGGCGCACGUCCGAUGGCACCUAUCCGUCCCAUUCGCGUGCGGCAGGCAGUGGUCAUCAUCGACGCCGUAGUUCACCUGGUGGUGGAAGCGUCUGUCACGCCUCGCCACGGCAACAUCCUCUACAUUAUUAUAAUCAGCAGCAGCAGCAGCAGCAACCACCGCAGCAACAGCAACACCUGCAUCGAGGCGAACCGGCGGAUGUGGUCGGACCGCUGGCGGAACGGCAACCAUUUAUCGAAGUGCACCACGAACAGGUUCCGUUGCAACCGCUUGCACCGAACCGCGAUCGACAGUAA